AAUGACAAUGGCUGGAGGACUGGCUGCUUUCAUUGUUCUAACCACAAUGAGUGUGAUUCAAACCUUAAAGGUUCCUGGGAAGAUCCCUCUGAUGAAAGCUGAAAUUGGUCAAACUGUGAUUCUGACAUGUAAUACAUUUGGCAGUGAUAAUGCGUUGCUUUACUGGUAUAAGAUGAAUUACGGACAUAUGGUCCAAACAGUUGCUGGAGGCAGAUUUGAUAAAGUGGAGCUGGAUCAGCACUUUCCAAACUCAAGUUUUCAAGUUCACCAAGUGGCAAAGACACAUUUUCUCACCAUAAAAAAUGUCAGCAAAAAGGAUGAAGCAACAUAUUUAUGCCAGGCAGGAUCAGCAUACGAAAUGAAAUUUCUUAAUGGCACAAAUUUGUUUGUCAAUGAUUCUCAAAAUAAGAAGUCUUACCGUGUGAAUCAAACUUCAGACAUGAAGUCGAUUUUGCUUGGAACCAGUGUGACUCUGCAGUGUUCACUGCACCCAGAGAAAAAGGAAAAAGGAAGCACGGACCAGUGUGCAGAUGAACAUGAUGUGUUCUGGUUCAGAGCAAAAUCAGAAUCGAAUCCAGGAUUCAUCUAUGCUGAUAAAACACGGUGUGGAGAACAAGCAGGAAGGAGCUGUGAAUACCGUCUGCCUAAAACUAUACAAAACUCCUCGGACGCUGGGACUUACUACUGUGCUGUGGUCACUUGUGGGGAGAUCCUGUUUGGAGAAGGAACCAAAGUGGAGACAAGCAAGUUUUUAGGAGAAGAAUUGUUCCUGUAUGCUAUUGUACUGCUUGGAGCGUUUUUGGCUUGUUCUGUACUCGUGAACAUCACUUUGAUUUUCCAAAGAAGAAAGCCAAAACGACAUUGUGAAAAUCACAAAGAGGACGCAACAGUCACUACUCUUACUGAGCUGGAUGAGGAUCAACCAUGGAACGUGGAAAGUGAGAUUGCUAAAGCAGAAAGCAGCGACUGCGAGCGUUGUGAAGGAUGGAAGGAGGCAGUCGUGAUGACUCUGUCAGCUGUCCUCACCACUCUCCCUGUACAUUCCCAGUCAGAGGUGUUACACGGCCAAAUCAGACAGAGAUGA